UGAAAUGGCACUUUAAAGAACAGAAAGUCUAAACUCUAGAUAGUUAGAGACACACCAAUAUCUUUUAAACAAAACUAUUGAAUUCAAAGUAAUUUUAUGGUUUCAAUUAAUAUUUUUUUCCUCUUGGAGAUUUUAUACCUUAAAAUAGAGAAACAUAAUUAAUAAUGCACUCAAUAAAUAGCGUUUCCCUUUCCCUAAAUCACACAAAAGAGAUAAGACAUCACAUAACUUUAUAACUCUCAGCAAAUUAAAUUUUACAAACAAAUUGUAAUGGAGAACCAAUCUAUGUCUUCUUCAAGCUCCUGCCCACACAAACAUGAUCAAAAACUCAAAAGUUCCGUUGUGGCCGUGGAGGUCCUGGAGGAGGAGACAGUGAACAAUCCGGACAUGUAUUAUAAUAAGAUCUACAUCUGUUACUUGUGCAAGGGAGUGUUCCAGACCCCUCAUGCCCUUGGCGGUCACGGAACCACCGAGAAGGACCAAGAAUUGGAGAGGCAGCAGAAGAUCCAGAUCGAGUCAAGGCUUUCUAACAAAGACAAGUCUAACUUGAUCUUUGGUGGGUCUUCACAAGAUGUUUUAUCAAAUGAUAAUCAUCUUGGACUCUCUCUUGGUCAGUCCAUAGGAGGUAGCAGCAGCAGCAGCAACGUUUACCCGUUGGUUAAUGUUGGAGUCACAGACAUGAACAUGAACAACUAUAGCUCACAUGAUUUACCAAAUGAUAUUAAUCUUGACCUUACUCUCGGUCCUUCUAACUCCAUAGGAGGCAGCAACGAUAACAACAUAACUAACUCAUAUGUCAAUGAGGAAGUCACUAGAAAAACCACGAAUAUGAUCAUUCCCGUGCGUCCCCGUGUGUCUAGAUACCAUUUUGUUGCUGGAAACCCGCUUGAUUCAAUCACUAGAAAUAUUCCUGAUCCUUCUAUUGCUCCUCCUCAUCGAAACACUUAUCUUUUUCAUGAUUCGUUUUCUUUACAAGAGAAUGGCUCGGGCUCAAGUCACUCAUAAAGUCUCCUCUCAAAGGGAAAGAACAAAGUCAUGGUGCCUGAAGAUGAUGAUAAGCAUCAGUAGAAGAAGAUUGGGCGUUAUUAUUAUUUAUUAAGUUUUCUAUGCAUUAUUUAGUAUUUCGCUUUCAGUUUAGAGGUAUCUUAUAACUAUUGAGGUAUUUGAUCUCAUAUUUUCAUUCAAUUGUUUUUCUCUUUUUGUUUCCUUCUUGUCUUAUAUAUAAAUGUUCUUUUGCGA